AUGGAAGCUAUACAGAAAUGGAUCCUGUCAUCAUUGCUUCUGAAGGAGUGGAGAAAUUCAAAAAUGAAAAUUUUGAAAUUAUUAUUGUUGAUACAAGUGGUCGGCACAAACAAGAAGAUUCUUUGUUUGAAGAAAUGCUUCAAGUUUCUAAUGCUAUACAACUGGAUAACAUUGUUUAUGUGAUGGAUGCGUCCAUUGGACAAGCUUGUGAAGCCCAGGCAAAGGCUUUUAAAGAUAAAGUAGAUGUAGCUUCAGUAAUAGUGACAAAACUUGAUGGUCAUGCUAAAGGAGGUGGUGCUCUCAGUGCAGUUGCUGCCACAAAAAGUCCAAUUAUUUUCAUUGGUACAGGGGAACAUAUAGAUGACUUCGAACCUUUCAAAACACAGCCUUUUAUCAGCAAACUUCUUGGUAUGGGUGACAUUGAAGGACUGAUAGAUAAAGUCAACAAGUUGAAGCUGGAUGACAAUGAGGCACUUAUAGAGAAGCUGAAGCAUGGUCAGUUUACAUUGCGAGACAUGUAUGAACAGUUUCAGAAUAUGAAAAUGGGCCCAUUCAGUCAGAUCUUGGGGAUGAUUCCAGGUUUUGGAACAGAUUUUAUGAGCAAAGGAAAUGAGCAGGAGUCAAUGGCAAGACUGAAGAAACUGAUGACAAUAAUGGAUAGCAUGAUCUUUGGGAAUUUUAUGUCAUGUGUUUUCAUCAUAUCUACCCCUCUUAGGUAUCUACCCAACUAUCUGUUCUAG